GUGGAGAAGCCACUCUUUGAUGAUGUGUUUUUUUUUCUCUUUGUUCGAUUCCGCUGGCGAACUGCUCGUGUCUGUAUUGAAGUGACAAAGCGAACAGAAGAAAGAGGAGGAAGAAGAGCAAUGACGAGGAGAAGAGUCGGCAAAGCAGAGCCCCCCUCCCAUACAAAGAGGUGUCUGAUUACCUUUCGGCCGGGGCUGUCCAUUUGAGAAGAGAAUUUCAGAGGAGAAGAGCAGGCAGUUCUACACACUGAGCAAUGGCACACAUUAAUCAAGAGGAUUGCAAGGAGGGCGCCCCCAAGGAUUUGCACGUGAAGACGGAGCUCUGCGAAGAAAACCCUUUCGUUUUUAAAGAGGUGGAGUGUAAGGAGGAGCUCGUUGAAGUUAAAGUGGAAGACCUGGAGGACUUCCCAGUUAGUCCUGAUCUGCAAAACCUUGAAAGUGGGAAUGACUUCAAACAGGAGAUCCUUGGAGAAUCCCAGUCCACUUUGCGGCAUUGGGACGCUAAUAUGGGACAAGCGUCUGCCCAGCAGAAUUCUGUGGAGCUGAAAUCUGAGUCCUCGGAGUUUGAGGAGAAACUCAGUAAAGGAAACUGGAGAGAAGGAGAAGGGCAUCGUUCACCUGGCAGUGUUGGAACAAAUUUCCUUGGGAAAGGCAGCGCCUCCGCACCUUCAUUUGCUCAGGUGUCUCUUCAGUGUGGACUUCAGCAUGAUCAGGACAAGGAGAAGACAAAGAACUCAACAAGCGGCUCAGAGAAUUUGGACCUGACCCCUGUUAAACUAUCACAGCCAGAAGCCACCAACACUGACCAACAUGAAGCGCAUACUACAGAACUAAAGGAUUUACACACCAGCCGAGUGGGUGGAAAUUUUUUUAAAAACAAAUCUAACUGUAAAGAUAACUUGAUUCAUUCAUUUCAUAACUCAUAUGCCUGUUCUGAUUGUGGCAAACUAUUUCCACACCAAACUAGCCUAUACAGACAUAAAAGAAUUCACACUAGAGAAAAACCCCACUGUUGUGCAGAGUGUGGCAAACGAUUCCCUAGCGAAAGUGCUCUGCAGCGGCACACACGCGUUCAUACUGGAGAGAAGCCAUACAGCUGUGCCGAAUGUGGCAAAAGAUUUUCUCAUAAUGGCAGUUUUCGAGAUCAUAAAAAAAUACACACUGGAGAGAGACCUUACUGCUGCUCUGAAUGUGGGAAAAGAUUCUCACUUGUAGGUAAUUUUUAUAGCCACUUAAGAAUUCACAGUGGAGAAAGGCCUUAUUGUUGUAGUGAAUGUGGCAAACGGUUCAUACAAAGAAGCAGCUUACAGAAUCACAUCAGAACUCACACAAGAGAGAAGCCUCACUGUUGUUCUGAAUGUGGCAAACAGUUCUCCCAAAUAAGCAGUCUUCAGACCCACAUAAGAAUCCACACUGGAGAAAAACCAUAUAGAUGUUCAGAAUGUGGCAAGCAAUUCUCAAACAGUAGCCAUCUUCAGAGGCACACGCGAUUUCACACUGGAGAAAAGCCAUAUUCCUGUUCUGAGUGCGGCAAACGAUUCUUUCAAAAUGGCAAUCUUCUGGAGCAUGCACGCAUUCAUACAGGGGAGAAGCCAUACUGCUGUUCAGAAUGUGGCAAACGAUUCUCUAAUCACAGUGGUCUUCAAGGACACAUGCAAGUUCACAGUGGAGAAAGGCCAUAUUCAUGUUCUGAAUGUGGCAAACAGUUCAUUUACCUUAACAGUCUCCGGCGUCAUGCAAAAAUUCAUACAGGAGAGAAGCCGUAUGUCUGUUCUGUAUGUAGCAAACGAUUCUCUGACAGUAGCUCUCUUCAGCGGCAUGCACAAAUUCAUACUGGUGAGAAGAAAAUCAGAGCUGAGCUAGCGGUGGGGAAAAAAACCAAACAACUGAAACCGUGCUAGGGUGCUAAGGUCAGCGGGUCUCAUCAAAAGAAACGCUUCCUGACAUCUACUAUCACUCUGUAUGAACUGCAAGAAGAGACGUCAAUAGGGACGAUUUGAGGUGCUACAUGAAGCCCUUGCUGCAAAUGUACAGGAUUUUUGUUUUUAGUGAUUUUUAAUCCUUCAGUCGCCAUAACAGCACUUAAUGGUACUUCGACAGAAAUGGCCUGCCUAAAUCAUGACUGAUAGUGCCCAAAACCCAAUGGGAGGAAUUCAACCUGAGAGAACUGUUAUUGAUGUUCUGAAUAUGGGGAGCAAAAAAAAGAUUCUUACAAAAAGGUUCGGCUCAACAACACGUGGCAAUACACUUUGGACAGAAACUGCGUUCAGAACGGCUACAGUACCAGGCAAGGAAAAGGUGUGGGAUGACCGCUGUCAGGGUGUUUCACUCACGAGCCACCACAUAAUGAGCUUGGAUGACAAAAAUGACCAGAAGGUGGCGCCCGUGAUGGAUCAUUUCCUUGUGUUUAAUGUAAUCUCACACGGUAUGUGUUUAAAUCCUUUUAGUAGGACAGUUACAGAUUCUGUUAAGAAGUUUAUGGAUAAGACAUUGGGACAUUUUAGCGCUUAGCUAAACAAACAAGCUCGAUGGCCUGAAUUGUCUCCUCUCGUUUGUCACAUCUCUUAUGUUCAUAUUUUGUACAGC